AUAUAUAUGUUAGAUGAAAACCCUAGUUUUUAACUUUGGCCUCCAUUGCAUAUUGCAUAAGCUCAUCAGUUCCCCGAGAGCCUCUUCUCCUUACUCCCGUAAAAAUGUCUCUUGUGACCAACGAAGAUUUUCAGCACAUUUUGCGUGUGUUGAACACCAACGUUGAUGGAAAGCAGAAGAUUAUGUUUGCUAUGACUUCCAUCAAGGGUAUUGGAAGGCGUUUCGCCAACAUUGUUUGCAAGAAAGCUGAUGUCGACAUGAAUAAGAGGGCUGGUGAAUUGACCGCACAAGAGUUGGACAACCUCAUGACGAUUGUGGCAAACCCAAGGCAGUUUAAGAUCCCAGACUGGUUUUUGAAUAGGCAGAAGGAUUACAAGGAUGGUAAAUAUUCCCAAGUUGUGUCUAAUGCUCUCGACAUGAAGUUGAGAGAUGACUUGGAGCGCUUGAAGAAGAUCAGGAACCACCGUGGUUUAAGGCACUACUGGGGCCUUCGUGUCCGUGGUCAGCACACCAAGACCACUGGUCGCCGAGGAAAGACUGUUGGUGUCUCCAAGAAGCGUUGAGUGCUUCAUAUCAUAGUCUAUUAUGAGGCAGCAGAUGGUUAUUUAUUUGCUUUUAAGCGCUUAGUUUUCAUCAAGACGAGUUUUUGGAUGUGAUUUUGUUGUUAUUUUUUUGGUUUGUUUGAAACCUUGCAGACAAGUAGUGUUUUGUUUGAUCUUUUUAUCAAUUAGUAUUAAUGGAACCAUUUUGUUCAUUAA